CAUAACACACAGAAUCAUACAUUAAAACUAAACGAAAACCAAUCCUUUUUUUGCUCGAAAACAAUGUCUUUGACUGGUCGUUCUCGUGUCACGGUUAAUGGAAUCCGAAGAAUGAGAACCUUCCAUUACUUCUGGUGUCAAAUUUGCCGACGUACUGUAAGGAUUAAUUCCUCCACAAAUCCGUAUGAAACCUUAUGUCCCUAUUGUUUCAGUGAGUUACGUCUUGAGCUAGACAUAUCCAGGCAUAGGCUUGUCACUGCAGGACUCACAGCCGUCGAACCCGCCCCCGCUAUCCGGUCCCUCGACACCUUGGCUCGUCUGCUGGACCCUGCAUUGUCGUUGUCAUCGUCUAUAAGGCGUUCUAAUACCGAUUUUGGCAGGAGACUUGAAUGGGUGUCAGAAACUGAAAAUGAUCCAGUUCAACAAUCUUGGAUCACCCUCCAAUUUGUUGCACCACCUCGCCCAACAAGACCCAUUUCUCCACCACCAAAUAUGCCUCUCCAAGAUAAUAAUACAAGUGAUUUCACGUUUGGGAACACACUAAAUGAGUUCAUCGAAGGCAUGGCACUGCUGAAUGAUUGGCCCGGACCGCCUCCUGCACGCUCUUUGGCUAUCGAAGCCUUGCCAAUGGUGAAAGUCACAAGAAGGCUUUUGGAUAAUGACCCAAGUUGCCCCAUAUGCAAGGAAGAGUUUGAGCUUGGUGGGGAGGUGAGAGAAAUGCCAUGCAAGCAUUUCUAUCAUAAUGAUUGCAUUGUCCCUUGGCUAAGCAUCCACAACACUUGUCCUGUUUGCCGCCAUGAACUGCUAUUGCAAGACACUACUUCUAACAACGAUCUUGAAGACACAAAUGAUCAGGAUGGCUUUCGCUUUGAAAACGUGACAAACGGCCUCAACUGGUGGUGGAGUCAGCUGUAUUCUUUGUGGCCUUUACGUGCACUGUCAAAUUGGACACAUCGCUUCCUUUAUUCUGAAGAUACUAGUUAUCCUGAUGGUAUCUCUUGGUUGAUGCUCAUGGCUUAUUCCAUUGCUUUGUAUAUAUGUCACUACAUGUGCUAAACGAGUUUCAUACUUGUGAGCUUUAUAAUUGUAUUGUUCUUAAGGCAGGUAAAAAUUAAUUAUUGUAAUUAUUUUCAAGAUCAUAGCCCUGAUGAAACGAUGUUAAAGUUUGGCAGGUACGUUUCUAUACCCUAUAUGUAAAUUUUACUUAAUUGAACAUUCCACUGAAGUACAUAUAUAUGCAUGUUAUUAGAGGGGGACCUAAUCAUCCAAAUUAUAUUAUUUUUUUUUAGUAAAAAUAAAUAAAUUUUAACCUUGUUCUUUGGCCUUCUUCGAGGCAUAGUCAUCCUAACAUGCUAAGUCAAUUACCAAAGUAAAUGUAUGAAGUUGUUAUAUAAAGUCACCCAUAAUUAAAAAACUGUACAUAAAAGUUAAUACUAAAAAUUAAAAAUUAAAGCUGAUGCCAAAUAGACUCAAUCUAUCGCUGAUUUGGGAGAUGCUGUUUCAAUUGAACAAUUUCAUUUUAGCCUGAUGUCCAAAUUCUACCCAUUUUCAAUGUUCAAUGAUCUUUUUAUUAUAUUCAAUAAGUGACAAUUAGUUUUUGUCCUCAUGUUGCAGUUUCUCUCCAUGGAAGCAAUGUAAGCUCUGAGAUCUUCAUUCGCUUGAUGGGUUUAAUUGUGAAAACGUUCAUGUGACAUAGAUGAAGUUUGAUGGAUUCAAUCUAAAGUGAAAUUAUACCAGUACCAGUUCAUAUGAAAUCUUCCAAGAGUUAUCUCAACCUAAACCUCUUGGAACGGGAACAACAAUACAGGGUAAUGAUAGAGAUAUUAAGCCCAAGAACCGAGCCUAUUAUAUAGGUAAUUUACAUUUAAACUUAUAUCAUUUGUACUACAAUAUCAGUACUGCACAUUAUAAAUUUAUAACUCUUCCUUAGAGUUAGUCUA